ACUAGUGGUGCGCUGUCAUUAUUUCAAAAUUGAAUGGCAUACUGCAACGAAUAUCCGUGUAUUUGGAUCUGAGUCGUUCAAUAGUGCACGUCCAGUAAAAUAAACAAUAGAAAUAUCGAUAAAGUACGUCGAAAAGCAAGAAAUUGUAUGCGGUACCAUCUAAAACAGUCUGCUGUCACACAAAAAUGAUCACUUCUGAUGAAAGCAUGGAGGUAGAAAUUCUGAAGCAAGAUUUGGAUGCAAGGAAACAAAUUGGUAGAAUCGUUUUCAAAAUAAAAGAUUACCAGGAUAAGGUGAAGCAGAUCGUUUCAGGGUAUUACGGCGAUUUUCUUCCCAAUUGCUAUGAUAACAUGACUAUAAUGAAAAAUGGCAAAAUGCUUGAGGAAGAGAUCAAUAAAGUAGUUACAAUGGUUAAUCAUGAUACCACAUGGCAGCUAUCUAUGGCACAAGAGCACAUUCAGCAGCACCGUGAGGAACUGAGUGAUGCAAUCACAGGAUACAAAACAUCAUAUAAAUUGCAAACAAUUCACAGUUUAUUUGAGAUGAUUCCAAGAAGCGGUGAUGAUUAUCAGAAGUUAAUAAGUAUCAUGGAUAAAAUAAAACUUCUGCUGAACGAUGGAAGUGACCCUAUUUUUUCAAAACUCGAUUGUUACCAGAGCAUUAGGUUGCGAUAUCAUGAGGAAUAUCAAAUGCUUCUGUAUAACUUGAAUAAGAAGUUUGAAUCAUUAAUACACUUCAACGAAAAACUGUUCCAAAACACAAAAGCUGUCACCAUCAAAAUCAAGAAAAAUGAAGAUCAACUGCAUCAAGUCAUUGUAGCCCUAGUUAAUACCAACUAUAACGUGCACAGAAUGUGCAAAUUUCUUAUGGAUAACGUUUUUGAGCCUAUUAUAACGCGACCAGUUUCUCUAACGUGCAACGAAGAUGACGCAGGUUAUGCUUCAAUCCAAUUAUCAUAUCAAUUGAAGUCAAGUGACGAUUUGCGGCCCAAUCAUAAGACCAUAUUUCAGCGAAUGAUGGAGACCUUCUAUUGCUUGGGACAUAUGAACAUAUUGAUUUCGGAACGACAGUGCAUCUUCUCUAUUAUUGCACAACAUAUCAAAGGAACAUUGUGCAAACUUUUGAUCGAAAACUGCUUGCAAAACGAUAUUCCUGACACAAUCGACGAAAUGAACGAAUCGAGCAUGGUUCGUUCCAUUCAGGAAUUUAAUAAAUUUUUGACGGAAAUGUUUUUUUUGGAUUAUCAGCACGACCAUGUUUUGGAUGAGUAUGCCAGUAAAGUUGAAUUUCUGUUUCAAAAGAAGUUUUGUACCAACAUAGUGUCCACUGCUUUGGAUGUAAUCAGGAAAGAUUUACACGAUAUGAUUCUUGUCGAAGAGCGUGAAACUCAUUUCUCCAACGGAUCGGAUAUAUUCUCUAGUUGUAUGGUUUCGAAAAGUACAAUCGAAUUGAAAAAAUUGUUGGAUAAAAUUCUUUCAGAAGUUUCCUCUGCGGAAAAGGAACUAUCGGAACGUUUGGUGAAAACAAUUGCAACCAUUCUGGAACGCUACUGUAUCGAAGUUGAGAAAAAUCAUGAAAAGCUAUUGUUGAAAAUUCCACAGCAAACCGCUCUCUAUCAUAACAACUGUAUGUAUCUUUCAUUUUGGCUGCAGAAAAAUGCUAGUAAACUUGACGGUAAUAAUUCGUUUAUGUUAAUUGGAAGUGCACUCCGUGACCAGAGUACGAAGAUGUUUAAUAACCAGCUGCAAAAUCAGCGUGCCUUGCUAUUGCAAUCUUUAAAAGGAUUUGAACUUAAAAAUGGCAUCGUCGAGCUUGGUCCUGAGCCGCAGAAAUCAGUGAGGCAGUGUAUUCGGCAAUUAGAUUUAUUGAAAAGCGUGUGGCAAACGGUUUUACCUGAAAAUACUUAUAAAAGCAGCAUCGGUGGAUUGAUAACGAUUUUCAGUGCCGAGAUUAUUAAGAGAAUAUUCAACCUGGAGGACAUCACCGCAGAAAUCGGAAGUGGCCUCGUUAGUGUGAUCGAUGUCGCCAAAGAGAAAGCACCGUUGCUUUUCAAAGAUCCCACUGACAUAUCAAUUGUAGUAAAAAAUUGGAUGAAACUAAUGCAACUGCAUAAAAUUCUGGAUGCAUCCUUGAUCGAAAUCACUGAACUAUGGGCUGAAGGCAAAGGGCCACUGACAUUAAACUAUAAAGCCGAGGAGAUAAAACACCUUAUAAGGGCUUUGUUCCAGAAUACAAAACACCGACAGAUAUGUCUUGGUUCUAUUGUCCAGUUGUAGCUAAUAAUAUGUCUUUUAUUUUUUUUAAUUUAAUA